GUCAAAAGUGAAAAGAAGCAGACAGCCAUCAAAAAAUUGUCGAACUGUCGCCCAGCUACAAACAGGUAAUUCUUGCGUGUUCCGUUCGUCAUCGAGCCAAUCUGGCCAAUAAUCGGCAUAAUCGGGAUCGGUGCGGUGUAUCGAUUCGAGCGUAGAUCAACCUUCCGGACGGGGCCGAACGACGACGAAGAUUCGUGGUAGUGUCCACAGAGGAGAUCCAGGAUCACCGACAAUCGACCGCAGCGUGGGGUGACGAACGAAGCAUCAGCAGAGCUCCCGGCUACACCAAGAAGGGCAAAAUGGACGUUUUCAUGAUGAUAAGACGGAAGAAGACCACAAUCUUCACCGAUGCCAAAGAGACCACGCUGGUGGGCGAGCUGAAGCGCAUGAUCGAAGGAAUCGUAAAGGUGCCCCUCGCGGACCAGCGUCUGUACAACAAGGACAACCAACUGAUGGAGGACGACCGGACGCUGCAGGACUGCGGCAUCACGGUGCAAACGGCCAAGGCGCAGUGUCCCGCCCAGCUGGGCCUCGCCGUCCGGGAGAACAACGGGGACUUUGAACAGCUCGAUCUGACGCCGUAUUCGCUGCCGCCGGAUCUACCCGACGUGAUGAAGAACCAGGACGCCGCCAACGGACAGGACCAGCUUGCCUAAUGCGACUUUUUUCUUUCUUUUUUUUCUAUCUGUUGUUUGCUCCCGUUUUUUGACUACAAAAACACACACACACACACUCCCACUUCCUCUCAUGCACCACACCCGAUUGGCUUCCUUUUUUCCGCGGUCGAAAUUUCUACACCUUUAUCCUACUCAACACACACACACACGCUGGGGGUGGUUUUGGUUGGUUAUUUUUACGUAGUGGUAAAGUGAAAUACAACUAAUAAACGCGCGCGAUAAUUACACCAACAGUUACAAUACUCAUCUCACUGAAAGAACAGGUUCGAAAAAAAGUUGAGGGAAAAAAUGCUAAGGUUUUUUUUUUCUUACAUCUGUUUGAAACGAGCGAGCAAUUAGACAAAACUAAUCAAUGAUUUUAAGAGAUGAGUGAAAACGGAAAAAUAGUAAAACACUGUUCUGUUUCUUUUGUGUCACUAAUAUAAAUGCAUCAGAUGGUUUGUGUAAACUUUACAUUUGUAAUUUAGUUAUGAAUUCAACACGAAUAAAUUAUGUUCAAAUGGGGAAAA